AGGUGCGGCAGUGCGACCCAGGCCGCGGCCGGGGCCGGGGCGGGCGGUGGGGGCGCCAUGGCCGAGUCCCAGCUGAGCUGCCUGGACGAGGCGCACGUGAACCAGCGGGUGACCGAGGCGCAGGCCAUCUUCUACUACUGCGAGCGGCGGCGGGCUGCGCUGGAGGCGCUGCUGGGCGACGGCGAGAAGGCCUACUGCGAGCGGAUCAAGAAGGAGCAGCUGAGGGAUUUUCUGUCCAGCCCGGAGCGCCAGGCCCUCCGCGCCGCCUUGACCCCCUACGAGGACCCCGCCCCGCCCACCUCCCGGGGCAAGAGCAAGAGCAAGGCCAAGGCCAAGGCCCUGCCGCAGGACCAGGCUGAGCCCAGCGAGUCCCUGGCCUACUGGCCCGACCGCUCCGACACGGAGGUGCCCCCGCUGGACCUGGGCUGGGCAGAUGCGGGCUUUUACCGCGGCUUGAGCUGCGUCACCUUCUUCACUCACCCCCCCAUGGAAGAGAAGGCGCCCCACCUCAAGCAGGUGGUCAGGCAGAUGAUCCAAGAGGCCCAGAAGGUCAUCGCUGUGGUCAUGGACCUCUUCACCGAUGGCGACAUCUUCCAAGACAUUGUGGAUGCCGCCUGCAAGCGCUGGGUCCCUGUGUACAUCAUCCUGGACGAGGCAGGCGUGAAGUGUUUCCUGGAGAUGUGUCGGGGCCUGGAACUCAAUGAGUUCCGCAUCCGGAACAUCCGUGUCCGCUCCGUGACGGGCGUUGGCUUCUCUAUGCCCAUGGGGAAGGUCAAGGGGACCCUGUCGUCAAAGUUCUUAAUGGUAGAUGGUGAAAAAGUAGCCACUGGAUCUUACAGGUUCACCUGGAGUUCCUCCCACAUAGACAGGAACCUUCUCCUCCUCCUGACAGGGCAGAACGUGGAGCCCUUUGAUGUUGAAUUCCGGGAGCUGUACGCCAUCUCCGACGAGGUGAACUUGAACCAGCAGCUGGGCCUGGGAGGAGGGGCAGGCAGGUUCGGCUUUAACUACUCCUCCACCGUGGCACGCAAGCUUAUCAACCCCAAGUAUGCCCUGGUGUCCAGCAGCCGUCCCCCGCCCGGGGAGAUGAUGCGCUGGGCCGCCCGGCAGCAGCGGGAGGCUGGCAGCAACCCAGUAGGGCAGGAGGAGAGCAGCGGAGGUGGUGAGUCAGCCCGGCGCCUGGAGAACUUCCUGAAUGACCUGGUCACGCUGCCGCAGGUGCUGCCCCCGGUGGAGCCCUUGGGAGAGCUGAGUCAGAAGGAUGUCAGGUUGGUCUCUCACCUGCACGUGGACCUGAAGCCCCGAGAGACACUUGACCGAAAUGGCAAGGGAGAAGCUGCCAACGGGGACGCCACCCCGGCCAAGGAGGACAAGCGCUUUAGCAACAGGUUGUUCAGUCGACGGACCAGAAGGCCAGCAGCGCCCCGCGGCGUGACCGGCUCCGUGCCCACCCAGAGCCCUGCUGAAGUGAAGUUGACGACGGGGAAGAGGCCCAGCGACGGCUCCAGUGGCAACGUCUCAGGUAAAACAAGUCCCAGUCCUGCCAAGACCAGCAAUUGCGUGAUUUCCUGAGCCGCGGGCCUGCAGUGGGCAGGACCCCUGGAUGCCCCGCUGUCCUGUCCUGGGGAGAAUACAGGUCAAACCCUGCACCCGUUUGCACAUCAGAGCCCUGCUGGCCUCCUUACCCAGCAGCCUCCGUCCUGGCCCAGAGACCCUGCAUCCCAGCUGUGAGGGUCUGCAGUAUCUCACGACAAUCACACGCCUCCACAAGACCGUCAGUGACCAGGCAGGGUCACUCUAUGUUUACAUGAAGUGGAAGCUUGACUAUUGUCUGCUCUCCUUUAUGCCCGACCCCCUCCCUCCACUGGGCCAGCCUUGCCCUGCAGGGCCCCAGAUGGGGUGAGCCCAUAUCUUUUUAUACAUUAAUGUGAUGGGGUCUCCAGGGCAGCCCCAGCCCCCUGACUUCUCCUUCCCUGGGCUCCCUGGUGCUUCUGGUCCUCCGCGGCAGUUUUGGUGAAAUAAAAGGGAAGACGACGG